AAGAAAAUGGCGUCAGCUAAGUUUCUGGAGGAAGCUCUGAGCACGGACGUCGACGAAUCCGCAGUGAACGCGAUAGUGGGCUCCCUUGAAACGCAACUAGUAACAUCGACGCCGGCUGUCUCUGGUCAUCAAGUAAGUUCUGCGUCAGUCAGCCAGCAGAAUCAUCAGGUGAACAGUGGUAUUUCCAACGGGGGCACCAUCACCGCGGUACAGCCGCAGAAACAUGGGGUUUCAAACGGCGGCGGUGGUACUACAGUAAAUAGUCUGAUGACCCAAGAAGUUACGAAGUCUAUUACCACGAGUACUCUCCUCCCUGUAAACGUGGUUACCUCAAACACAGUGGCGCCACAGGUUACUACACAACAGCAGCAACAGCAUACACAGUCUGCAGUCCCCCCUGCUGCUUAUAUCAAUCAAGUUACUACAAACCAGGUGACCAGCAAUCAAACGACAAAUAUACCAAGCCUUACUAAAACACAUGAACCUGUCAAGAUUAUUUAUCCAACUGUUGGUCAAGUAAUAGCAACCACGGGAGUAGCAAAUGCAAAUAAUAAACUUUCUUUUCCUGCACAAACCGUUGGACAGUUAGCCAAUGGUACUUUAGGAAUAACAUCUCAGGCAGUGUUACAGACAACAUCAAAUGUUGUUUCCAAUGUUGGCUCCGUUAGUGAAACGGGUAGUCAAACAGUGGCUAGUGUAAAUAAGCCUACAGGUGCAGCUUUGGUGAUAAAGACUAGUGUAGCACCCAGUGGCAUGGUUUCUGUUCCAAUGUCUGUUCCUGUUUCUGUGGCUGGCAAUGCUGUCAGCACAGCACUACAGGGUAAAGCUGGAGUUACAUCUACAAUAGUACCUAGUAAUGUGCAAAUUCUCAAUGUGAAUACAAUGCGUCCUGGCACACCUGUGGUAGGACAGCAAGCAGGAAAACAAGUUGCACCUAGAGUAGUAAUUGGUCAACACAUGCUUGGAACAAGACCUGGAGCUUCAGGGAUAACAUUACAAACCUUGCAUGGUCUUCAUGCUGGGACUCAAGGUCAUAUAUUAUUAAAAACAGAAAAUGGACAAUAUCAAUUGCUAAGGGUAGGGCCACCACCAACUGCAGGUACUCCGGCUGGUACUGCAGUUACACCAAAUAGUAUAGCAGGAAAUGCAGUGGUUGCUGCACCAUCUCCAGGCACUACCUAUCGCUUAGCCUCAGUGCCGGCUACUGUGGCUGCAACUAUUACAACAGCAUCUACAACUCCAGCAACAGUGACUGCUGCUGCCACAACUACACCUACCCCACCUGUCACUACUGUUCAAACUGUUCAGACACCAACACCUCGUCAAACUACAGAUAAUACCAAAGAAAAGUGCCGUAAAUUUUUAGCAAACUUGUUAGAGUUGUCUAGUCGAGAACCUAAAGCGGUGGAACGAAAUGUUCGAACUUUGAUACAAGAAUUAAUUGAUACUAAAGUUGAACCUGAAGAGUUCUGUGAUAGGCUUGAAAGAUUAUUGAAUGCAUCACCUCAACCAUGCUUGAUUGGAUUCCUCAAAAAAAGUUUGCCACUUUUACGGCAAUCUCUCGUUACAAAAGAAUUGGUUAUAGAAGGGAUAAGACCACCUCCAGCCAAUGUUGUUUUUCCUGUAACAUCUGCCACUCCAGUAGUAACACAGCAGAAUCAGCUUAGACCAACUGUUGCUGUGGCAGCUGCAACAGUUCCUGUAACUGCAGUUACUGCAACUACACAAGUAAGAGUCAUGACUCCACUACCUACAGCUACAACUACAGUUCCCCGACCAGCUCAGCCAGUUCAACAAAGGCUGGUAAGAUAUAAGAAAAACACUUUGUAUUCCUUUCCUAUUUAUUUUACUGUUUUUAUUAUAUAUGAUCUAAGCUAUAAAAAAAAAUUAUAUAAAUAACCACCUAUUACAACAACUGUUGUUAAAACAGUUACAACUACAACGCAAGGCAAAACAGUCAACACAACCACUACUGUUAAUAAAGCCGUAGUGCCUUCAUUCGUUCCAAAGCCAGUUACUAAAGAAAAAGAAAAAAAGACAUUCUCGUCUGCAGGAUAUACGGGAGAUGACGAUAUUAACGAUGUUGCAGCUAUGGGUGGUGUUAAUCUUGCAGAAGAAUCUCAAAGGAUUCUCGGUUCUACAGAAUUUGUUGGGACGCAAAUAAGAUCGUGUAAAGAUGAAGUGUUCUUGCAUAUGACACCAUUACAGCAAAGAAUUAAACAAAUUGUUUCUAAUUAUGGAUUAGAAGAACCUAAUCAAGAAGUUGCGGCGUUAAUAUCACAUGCUGCGCAGGAAAGGUUAAAGAAUUUAGUAGAAAAAUUAGCAGUAAUUGCAGAACACAGGAUAGAUUUAAUAAAGGUGGAUCCGCGUUACGAGGUAACGCAAGAUGUCAGGGCACAGUUAAAGUUCUUGGAAGACUUAGAUAAAGUUGAACGUAGAAGACAUGAAGAACAAGAAAGAGAAUUACUUUUGCGCGCAGCGAAAAGUCGCGCGAAAACGGAAGAUCCAGAACAAGCUAAGCUCAAGGCGAAAGCUAAAGAGAUGCAACGUGCGGAAAUGGAAGAAUUAAGACAAAGAGAAGCUAACUUGACAGCUUUGCAAGCAAUCGGUCCACGUAAAAAGCCUAAACUUGACAUAGGAGGGUCUGCCAGUAGUCCAGGCAAUAAUUCCGGUUUGAACGUGUCGGCGGCUGGAAUCAAUAGACAAAUGCCAAUGAGACCACGUUUGAAAAGGGUGAACUUUAGAGACUUAUUGUUCCUUCUUGAACAAGAAAAAGAAACGUGUAGGAGCACAAUGCUGUAUAAAUCAUACUUGAAGUGAUGUUCUGUGAAGGGCAGGAACUUAAGUGACCCGCCCGAUAUCUG